CUGGCAUUUGUCGCGAUAUGUCCAGCACUUCUAUUUAGGACUACGUAUUUAAACAGUUCAAACUAAACGGCCUAUAUAUUUUUAUAAACUUCACCUGGUUCAUAUGAGUAUGACACUCACACACGGGGCGGUUGAAGCCCUAGUGAAAGGCUUACCAGUAUACAAUCCCGUGCUGCAGCUGCUGAAUAUGCGUAAACUCAACAAUCCGUCAGGCACAUCCAGGUACCGUCUUAUGAUGAGCGACGGUGAACGCUCUUUUACUUCCUUCGUGCUGGACAUCCAAUUAAACCAUCUGGCAGAAGAGAACCUCCUGGUACCAAACUGUGUUUGUAAACUGACAAAGACCAUACUUGAGACAUUGAAAGAUGGCAGGCGAGUGUUGGUGGUGAUAGGUAUCGAGAUUCUGCAGAAGGCUGAGGAAACUGGUGGGAAGAUUGGAAAUCCCACUCCAUAUAAAGCAGAUGAUGAGACAUCACAGAGUAUGGACUCGGGCACUUCUGUCUCUGAAGUCUCUUCAUCAACGGCCGUACCUGGACCCUCUGAUACAAACAACAGCACCCCCUAUCCUCGAGGCUAUGGGAGUGGAUUUGGAGCGACAGCUUCGCCCAUGAAGACUUCGCCCAUGAAGAGUUCGCCCAUGAUGACUUCACCCAUGAAAGCUUCGCCCAUGAAGGCGUCACCCAUGAAGGCGUCGCCCAUGAAGACUUCGCCCAUGAAGACGUCACCCAUGAAGGCGUCACCCAUGAAGGCGUCACCCAUGAAGAUGUCACCCAUGAAGGUGUCACCCAUGAAGACGUCACCCAUGAAGACUGGUUCUGUGAUUUCUAUUGCUAAACUCAACCCUUACCAAACCAACUGGACUAUCAAAGCACGAGUCACCAACAAGUCCAAUAUCCGCUCCUGGAGCAACUCCAAAGGAGAGGGCAAGCUCUUCUCCUUUGAGAUAGUGGAUGACAGUGGAGAAAUCAGGCUCACAGCCUUCAACAAGGAAGUGGACAGGUUUUUCACUUUAUUGGAGCAAGGAAAGGUGUACUACAUCUCCAAAGCUACGGUGAAGAUCGCCAACAAACAGUUCAACAAACUGAAGCAUGACUAUGAGAUUACCCUCCAUGCUCAUUCCUCCAUUGUGUUGUGUGAUGACAGUCAAGGUGUCCCCACACUGCACUUUGACUUUGUGCCCAUUGCGGAGCUGGAAAACAAAGAGAAAGACACCAUCCUUGAUAUUAUCGGUGUGUGUAAGAGUGCAGAGGAUGUAUCCAAAAUCACCACUAAGACCAGCAGAGAAGUUUCCAAGAGGGCCAUCAGCCUGAUAGACACAACUGAAACAGUGGUGACAGUCACACUGUGGGGAGAGGAGGCAGAGAAGUUUAAUUGCACAAGGGAGCCUGUGGUUGCCAUUAAAGGAGCUCGCUUGUCAGAUUUUGGAGGCAUAUCUCUCUCUACUUUGUUCAGCUCAACAGUCAUGGUCAACCCAGACAUACCAGAGGCUUUCAGAUUGAGGGCCUGGUACGACCAGGAAGGCUAUGCUGUUGAGAGCCAGUCCCUGACAUACACAGGGUCAGCGAGCAGCGCAUCGAGGAUAAACUGGAAAACACUGAGUGAUGUAAAGAAUGAACAGAUGGGACAAGAGGAGAAGGCGGAGUAUUUCAGCUGUGUGGCAACAGUUGUGUACACUCGCAAGGAGAAUUGUCUGUACCAGGCUUGUCCGUCUGCAGACUGCAACAGGAAGGUUAUAGAACAACCUGACGGGAUGUACCGCUGCGACAAGUGUAACAGACAGUUUCCAAACUUUAAGUACAGACUCAUACUUUCUGCCAACUUGGCAGACUUCGGGGAUAACCAGUGGGUGACGUGCUUCCAGGAGACGGCUGAGGUCCUGUUGGGCCACAGUGCGGACACACUGGGACACUUAAGAGACACGGAUGAGACUGCAUUUGAGGAAGUCUUCCAGAAAGCCAACUUCACAACCCACAUCUUUAAAAACAGAGUCAAGCUUGAAACAUACAACGACGAGAGUCGAGUGAAGGUAACCGUGAUGGAAAUCCAACCGCUUGACCACAGGGAAUACAGCAGGACUCUCCUCCGCAACAUCCACAAAUUGGCCAGCUCAACUUAGUCCCAGUGAUCCAAUCAGCUGCCUGGUAAUCGACCACGUCUUCAGCUGACCCCUGUUUGGUCGUGUCCAACCACUUUUCCACCGGUGAGAUAAUGGUGUGUCUGACAGGGUGCGGCAGGAGGGCAUCCAGAGGUUCGUCUGAUUAACGGGCGGCCAAAACGAAAGACUGUCAUCUAGUUGUUCACUUCCUUUUAAAAGACAGUUGUGAAAUCCCGGAAAUACAAGGGGGAAUAAAUGUGACCCUUAAAUUCAGAGAAAGAGAAAGGAGUUUACAAGUUGUAGAAGCGUGUUUUAGAUGCACCAAUGUUUCCUUUGACUGAAAGUGUUUAUACAGGUCAGGGGUGGAAAAUGUAUAGAAUAGUUGGGAGAUAUUGCUUUUAAUUUUAGAAGGGAAGGUGUGUUAAAGGUGUGCUGCAUGUGUUUCUUUAAAAUAUCCUUGGUUUGUACUGCUGUUUGUAAAUUAACCUAUUUUUUAAGUUAAAAAAAACAAGUUAUGUUUGUCUUUUAAAGAAAUUCCCAAAUUUUAUUCCCAUUUAAACCCUAACAAAGCAUUAUCCCUAAUCUUAAUUUAUUGUCUCAUAAGGACCAGGUUUUAGUCUCUACCAAAUAGAUCCAACAACCACAAGAACACACACACACACUCACUCCCAUAUAGAGAGAUCCACUUUGGCCGUACAUGACUAAACUUGCAGUAUUCAGUCUGCUUUGGAACAUGCAGGCACACAGUCAGGCAGUGGUUUAGGAAGCGCUUGAUUUGCUUAGUGUGCCUCUGUCACAGCACACAUUUUCAAUAUCAGACAUCAGGUUCCUGAGAUUGUGAUUAAAAUACGAUUGUGCCAGCCCCCAAUGUGUGUUCAGGUUUAUUUUUAGCAACUGAAUCCAUUUAAACUACUUGCCGUUUUGAGCCGUAGACCAGGUGAAUGCGGCCGUCUGGCUUUACUUGUGCCAUGGAGCUGCUUCUGCUUCUGCCAUGCCUGCGUCAGUCGUGUGUGCAGCAGGGAAAAUCACUACUGUACUUAGGAGUUCUAUGGAGCUAAUGGAGCUCAAUCUGCCUUGUGUGAACUCAUUUGACAAUGGUUAGAAUGAAGUGGACAUUUGUUGGUAUUUAAAGGCUAUAUACAUUACAACUUUAAAUCUAAGAACCUCCCUGUAAUCCCUCACACUCACUACAGAAACUAAUUUAAUUAAUUCAGGUUACAUGAAUUAUGUUAUACCAAAAAAUAAUCACAUAGAACAACCAUGUUUUUAAUAGUAAAAUAAAAUUAGUGCAAAUGUGAAUUAUAAAUUAAUGCUGUGCCUUUUGCUAUAGUCAAGCUAAAGUUGGUCCAACCAAAUACUUGAGUGUGUGACUUAUUUGGUCAUUUGUGGUAUAUAUCAUACUGUAUAGUGCAGAGAAUCAGUGUGAAAUAACAACUGAAAUUCUAGGCCAUACUGUUCUCAUAUUUUUUUUUUCUUUCCUUUGCACCAUUAUAUAUUUUGACUGGCGCAAAUUGUUUUAGUUUAAAGUCACAGUAGAUAAUUUUUGGGGUCUCUUGUUCAAAACAAUAACAAAAGACCUAGUUUGAUUAUGCCAGGAUGCAGCGUGGGAUCAUGGGAGUUUCACAGGGCAUUAUUGCCCGUUAGCGACACGAUAAAAUGCAAAAGUAAAAAUGUAAUUAAAUAAACUUGAGCUUGAA